GUGUGCGUCAGGAGCGCUGAUGUUUGAAAACUGCGGAAAUAGCGUUGAGUCAGGACUAGAGAAGAAUGGGCUUUUGAUAGGAAAGGUUUGAGUGUUUAACGUUGUAAGAUGAACGGAUGUGUUUUAUACCUUAAGCGACCGAGAAGGAUUAUAAACAAAUGCUAGAAGACGGUAGUGUAUGGAGAAGAGAGUUUUGUGCUUUUCAUUUUCUGGUUAGCUGGUUCGUGUUAGCUUGCUGCGCUAUUGCAACACAAUGAAGCUGAGCAUUGGGAAAGUUGGAGGGAUGUGUUAGCGUCAGUUAAGAUUUCUUGGUAGUAAAUCCGAUUUUUCAGUGGGAUAGCCCUGAAUUUAUCUGGGUGUUGAAAAUUUCCCCCCGUUUGGACGAUUUAGUGUUGGUGAUAAGAUCGUAGACAGGAAUUUAACGCCACCACCACGGUAUCAUAGUUUUAGAAAUAGGAUAUAUUUUGCUUUGGCAUUCGUUAUUUGCGCUCAAAAUGAAGGUGAUGGAGAGAAAUAUGAUGCGUCUUGUGGCAGUGCAGCACCUUCGCACAACUUAUGGGAUAAAGGCUAAAAACUGGAAUAAAAACAAAGCAUCCCGGACAUCAACGAGUAUCUCGAAUAAGGUGUUUGGUGUGCCUCUUGAUAAUCUGCCAUGUUAUAACACGGAUAAUGGAAUUGUGCCAAGAUUCCUUGUUGAUGCUUGUAUAAAUCUAAUGGCUCAUGUUGACACAGAGGGCUUAUUCAGAAAGUCAGGGUCCGUUCUUCGUCUCAAAGCUCUCCGGGCCAAGUUGGAUGCAGGUGAAGACUGUCUGUCCACAGCUCUUCCCUGUGAUGUGGCCGGCCUGGUGAAGCAGUUCUUCAGAGAGCUGCCGGAGCCUGUGCUUGCCUCAGAACUGCAGGAUGCUUUUCUCAAGGCCCAGCAGCUGAACUCUGAUGAGGAGAGGACCGCAGCCACUAUGCUGCUCUCCUGUGUGCUUGCUGAAAAGAAUCAGAACACCCUCCGACACUUCUUUGAGUUCCUCCACAGCGUAUCCUUAAGGAGUGCAGAAAAUAAGAUGGACAGCAGUAACCUGUCUGUAAUCCUGGCUCCAAAUCUCCUACACUCUGGAGAUGCCACAGAAAAGAUGAAAACCAACACAGAAAAACGCCUCAAACUCCAAGCAGCGGUUAUCCACUGUUUCAUUGAAAAUGCUCAUAGCUUUGGUGUAUUGCCACCGUUUCUUCAAGAGAGGGUGCCAGCUAUGAUAGGUUGUGAUUCUGGCGCUCUAUCUCCUACUCAUGAUGAGCUCCGUGAACUUGAUCUAAACUCAGGAAUGAAGAGGAGGCCUAGGCGUAGCUUUGGAGAUAUGGUCAGUGGGGCUCUGAAUAAGAUCAAAACUAAUAGAACACCCACAAAUAACCCUCAGUCAGACAGUAUUGUUUUUCCUUCUGCAACCCCUGUAAUUGCAACCCCCAACUCUAAGCGAAAACUACCUUUGGAAUCUGGUCACAGCUUUGGAUUCUCAAAUAAAAAGCGCAGAUCAAUGAAGAAGAACCUUGGCAUAGAUUUGCUUCCUGAUCCCAUGUUGAAUGAGACCGCUACUCCAGGAUCUGUUUGUAGUGCUUCUGGUGUCCUGGACGCCCCAAACACCUGUGCCUCUGGAGGACGGUCUCAAAGACGCUCUGUGACUUCUGCCAGGAGAAAGAGCCGAAGACUCGGUAGCCGGCAUGCAGUGAACAGAGUGGAAUCUGGCAGAGCUGGUUGCUUCUCUCCUAAAGUCAACAAAAAGGACGCACCACUCAAAUCUCUGCGCAUGCGCUUCAGCUUGGGUAAAAGCAGCAAGGACGCUGGAUCUGAAUCCAUUGGCUGGAGACUCGCCUCUCAGGAAAGCACAACCAGCUUUUGUUUCACCAAAGAGAUGGAGUUCAUCAGUCCAUCUGUGCUACCCAGGUUAAGCGAAUCAAAUGGCAUCAAAUACAUCAGUAAGUCUGAGGACAACUUGUUGACCCCUCAGCCACACUCAAGUGGCUGUCAGGCUGUUUGGACUGAGACUCCUGUUACAUCUCGUGCAUCUAAGGAUGGAGGUUCUUUCCCGGAUACUCCCAUGAGCAUGUGCCUAAAGAACACCUUCUCCUCUGAGCCUGCUAUUGUCAUAUCCAAGCCCUCGCCAGUGUCCAGUCGGCCUCUGAAGCUAUGUUGUGCUUCAAGUGCAGACAGUUUAGAGAGCGAGGGAGCAGCUGCUGAAGCCCAGAUUCCAACAGGACCUACUCUGCUAAAGAACAACCAGGCCUUUACAGCAUGGAGCAGUGACGGCCGCCAGCCUGUUGCCCGUGAUUCACCAGCAAAAACAUCAACAUCAGAUGAUGUCAGUGUGCCUCAUCCAGAAACUCCAGUGAACUCUGUUGCUGCAUCUUCCUCCAUGAUACAGGCUCAGGAGUCUUUUCUUUCUAGCUAUGACAAUGUUACUUUUGGUCAAAUGGACCUUGUUUGCCUGUCUCCUUUGCAUAUUGACAGUGUAGUGUUUGAUUGUGAUACAAACAGUAGCUUCUUGUUAAAGGGCUCUAAAGGUACCCCUCUCAGCAGCACACAUGAGGUGUUGGAUAGUCGAGAAAAGGAGGAGGAGCUGGUGGACUGCAGCAGAUUGAUCGAUGCUCUGGACAUUCAGAGUCCUGCUCACUUCAAACUGGGGGCGUCAUCUGGGCUACAGUCUACGCCAUACAGACCAGACUUUGAACCCUGUGCUGAGCUCUGUACUCCCCCAAGGGGGGAACAUAGUGUUGUGGGAGAUGAGAAACAUAAGUGUACCAAUGACCAGGAGGUGGCAGUGUCCCCUGACCAUCUGCAGUCCCAAAAGCGCAGAGUGGCAGAACGCAUUCAACAUUUCAACAGGCUCACUCUGUGUUAUCCCGAAGGCUCUCAGGAUAAAGCCAGCAGGUCUCCUCUCAGGUUCCAGCGCACUCCCGUCCGUCAGACCGUCCGCAGAAUCAACUCACUUCUGGGAGACAACAGGAGACCAACAAGAGGCUUUGUUCGCCAGAGCAUGCAAGUGCCAAAAGCUGUGAGUCUAGAGACAGGCCUCUCUCCAUACCCACAAGUCCACAGUGUUAAGUCUGUGAAGAAGCCUCCUCCUGUGCCUCCCAAAAAACCCAGCACCCUGGCCCGUAAAGCCAAGCAGUGUGCCCUUGAGGAUGUGACGAACAAGGCCCAGCCUAAAACCAAAGUGAACACUUCUGAGUGCCACAAAGACCAACCUGGACCCCAGAAGCCAUUUGUGCAGCAAGUGGUUGAGAAAGAAAUGCAUCAUUACAGAGGCUCUCCCAGGAACCCCCUAACUCAGACAAGACUGCUGUCUGCUACUAAACCUGUUGAUUUAUAGUGAUCCUGUCAAGAGACCUGUCCUGUUGUGGAAUAUCAUGUACACUAUUUGUUAAGGGGUACUUAAUUUAUUCUGCUUCCAUGUUUAUGAUUUUUUUUAUACUGGGAGACCUUUUGCCUUACAUUUGUAAGAUAUGUCAGUUUAACUCUAGUAGUGUUAGUUAUGUCAGUAGUGUGCAGACCAAAUGAUAUAAGUGACUGGAAACGUUCUUAUGCAUGUAUUUAUACUUAUGAUAACCUUUUGGGAGAUUUUUAAACUAUUUUUGCCAUCUUAAGUAAAAAUGCACCUUCUGUUGUUCAAAAAAUGCCAAACAGUAUUGAUCAAAUCAAGUGUUUUGUAAAGUUGUAUUUUGUCAAACUGCCAACCAGUAAACCGCGGCACAAAUAAAUUUUCUUUCCCG